CCCUCCCUCGGCCUCCCCGGCUCCGGCUGCAGCGUCAGCCUCGGCCAGACUUUGGUGGCCGCGCCGGCCCAGAUCCCUUGACUUCAGUCCCGGUGCCCUUUGGCGCCCCUCGGCCCCGAUCCGCAGCGCCGAUCAUCCUCCCCGCCCCGGCGCCGGCCUAGGCCGCGGCCACAGCCCCGGGCUCAAGUCGGCGUCGCCUGCUCCCGGCCCGCCCCCUAUGGGCCCCGGCUAGAGGCGCCGCCGCCGCCGCCGCCGGCCCGCGGAGCCCCGAUGCUGGCCCGGAGGAAGCCGGUGCUGCCGGCGCUCACCAUCAACCCCGCCAUCGCCGAGGGCCCGUCCCCCACCAGCGAGGGCGCCUCCGAAGCAAACUUGGUGGAUCUCCAGAAGAAGCUAGAGGAGCUAGAACUCGACGAGCAGCAGAAGAAGCGGCUAGAAGCCUUUCUCACCCAGAAGGCCAAGGUCGGGGAGCUCAAGGACGAUGACUUUGAAAGGAUCUCGGAGCUGGGAGCCGGGAACGGCGGAGUGGUCACCAAGGUCCAGCACAGACCCUCAGGCCUCAUCAUGGCAAGAAAGCUGAUCCACUUGGAGAUCAAGCCGGCCAUCCGGAACCAGAUCAUCCGCGAGCUGCAGGUACUGCACGAGUGUAACUCCCCCUACAUCGUGGGCUUCUAUGGGGCCUUCUACAGUGACGGGGAGAUCAGUAUCUGCAUGGAGCACAUGGAUGGCGGCUCCCUGGACCAGGUGUUGAAAGAAGCCAAGAGAAUUCCUGAGGAAAUCCUGGGGAAGGUCAGCAUCGCGGUUCUGCGGGGCCUGGCAUAUCUCCGGGAAAAGCACCAGAUCAUGCACCGAGAUGUGAAGCCAUCCAACAUCCUUGUCAACUCCCGAGGGGAGAUCAAGUUGUGCGACUUUGGGGUGAGCGGGCAGCUCAUCGAUUCCAUGGCCAACUCCUUCGUGGGAACACGGUCCUACAUGUCUCCGGAGCGGCUGCAGGGCACUCACUACUCGGUGCAGUCGGACAUCUGGAGCAUGGGCCUGUCCCUGGUGGAGCUGUCCAUCGGAAGGUACCCCAUCCCCCCACCGGAUGCCAAGGAGCUGGAGGCCAUAUUUGGCCGGCCCAUGGUUGAUGGAGGGGACGGAGAGCCUCACAGCAUCUCGCCACGGCCGAGACCCCCUGGACGCCCCAUCAGCGGUCACGGGAUGGACAGCCGGCCGGCCAUGGCUAUCUUCGAGCUGCUGGACUACAUCGUGAAUGAGCCACCUCCCAAGCUGCCCAAUGGCGUCUUCACCCAGGACUUCCAGGAGUUUGUAAAUAAAUGCCUAAUUAAGAACCCAGCAGAGCGAGCGGAUCUGAAGAUGCUCAUGAACCACACCUUCAUCAAACGGUCCGAGGUGGAAGAAGUGGAUUUUGCCGGCUGGUUGUGUAAAACGCUGCGGCUGAACCAGCCCAGCACGCCCACGCGCACCGCCGUGUGACAGUCCCCCUCCUGCCACACCCUCCACGGGGACACUCGUGUGGCCCUCGGGCUGGGGAGGCCCAACACUGCUGUGCUGUCUUCUCAGAACCUGCUUCCUUAGGUUUAAAGAAAAAAAAACAAAACAGGGAAAGAAAAAGCUAACGUGCCCUUCGUGCUUCUUGUUCCGCUUGUCCUUGAGGUGUCAGCAUCUAUCCAGCCUGGGGUGGGCGCCUCCCUGAGGGCUGCCUGACUCCCAAGAGAUGGGGGUGGCAUCGCAUACUGAGUUUGCUCCUUUCCAAGGGGUGAAGCCUCAGAGGGACCCCCCAGAGGAUGGCAACUUUCGCCAGAAGAGAAGGGGGUGCUUCCUACAGGUUCGUGGGUCCCAUUUGCCUGACGUCUGCUCCUUGGAGAUGCUCCUGCAGACCCCGAGGACCAGUCAACCCAAUGGCUAUUGUGGGUCCCCCUUCCCCCCACCCUCCCCCAGCCACCCCAGCCUCUGGCCACGCAGCCUGUCCUCAAUAGAGGGACCCUCUUGUCCUCUCUUGUGCUUCGGAGAGCAGAGACUGACAGUUCGCAGGGGCACGAGCUGACACUCACUCGGCAGAAAGGAAGCGUUUGGUUUCUAAGCUGUCGGUGUGGUUGAAACCCCAGCAGAUUCUGUAGAUAAGGCCUGCUCCCCCACGCCUGCAGGCCGACAGAUGUGGGCGGGUGGCUGUGUGUCACCUCCACUCGCCCGGCAAAUCAGAAGUGACCACCCAGGGCACGUCACUCUUUCGGGCCUUGAACUGUUCAGCCGCAACUGGUUGGAACUGAAACAGCAGGGGUGAAGUUAUAUUUCCCAGUGUCCAUUGGGGUGUCCAGCCAGGGCCCCUGCUGUGGUCUGCUCAUGGCCUGAGACCCAAGGCCCAGCUUUUCCACCUUCAGGGCUGGGCCCCCUCCAAUGGAGAUGGCAGCCUCCAGGCGGUAGGAAGUGGCACGGAGGGCAAGGCUGCUUCUAAGGCUUCCCUUCCUCCAGGCUCUCUGAAGAUGAAGCUGUGAGCAACCCCCCCAACCCCAAUACUUCCUGAAGGCUUGAAACAAGCUGAUAUUUAUCUGUGAUAAAUUGCAGAGAAAGGGUUCUCCAAGAGCAGUGAGCCUGGUACGAGCCACACUGGCCCUGCUUUCUGAACAAGCAGAAGGUGGGGAUUUGUGGUCCCGUGGGAACUACUGGAUCUUUUUCUUCUUAGGGAGAUACUUCUAGUCUCUGGUGGCUUUUUCUGUGGUCAGUAAAGAUAAGACAAGGUGGGAGCUCCUUCACCCAGCUUUCCAUGUUUGCCACUUCAGAGUGGCCCCCGCAGUCUCACCUGAUUUAGAAAAGAAUAAAAAAGAUAACUCAAA